AUGACACCAUUGAGGACGGGAGAUGAUCUUGCAAAUGCGCUUGUUGCAUCGAGUUUGGCCUCAUCUCGUGCCCCAAGUCCAACACGACUCGAGCCUCCUCCUGUACCCACCCGAAGAAAGAGGGGCCACAGUCACAAGCUGUCCUUUUCUCGAACUCCAAGCCCGGCAAAAGUUGGCAUGCUUCAUACGCUAAGGAACUAUGACGGUGCUUCGUCUUCCGAGUCAGAGGACGACAAGCACCCGUAUCGCAAACAUCAGAAGAAGCGGCUGAUCAGGAAACAUCCAAAUAAGCAUCAUGAAGGCGAACGGAAACGUUGGCGAGACGCUAUUACGGAGCGCGAGAGGAAGCGCUAUGAGGGAGUAUGGGCCGCAAACAAGGGCCUUUAUUACUCGUUCACCUACCAAGAGCAGACUUUGUUACGUCAGCAGCCGGAUCAUCCUAAAGUGCAAGAACUACAGGCAGCGGUGAACGAUCAAGUAUCAAAUAUAGUUGCGCGAGAUAUAUGGAGUAGAUCCCGGCUGCCUCAGCCGACACUGGAGAUGGUAUGGGAUCUGGUCGAUCACGACAGCGUCGGCCGCCUCCAAAAGGAGGAAUUCGUGGUGGGAAUGUGGCUGAUCGAUCAACGUUUGAAAGGACGCAAGCUGCCCGUGAAAGUUACGGAAAGCGUCUGGGCAAGUGUCCGAAGCAUUGGCAUCAAGGUGAGGAAGAAGGCAUGA